GACGAGUUGGAGUUUCCCGUGAAUAGCAGCUAACCAGCACACACACCGACCGCUGCAGACAGUAUUUAAAGAAAGUGCAGCUGGACUGAAUGGCAGUUUGUCUCACAGCUUUAGUUUGUCUGUACAAAUUCUUAGCCGAAGUGUCUCAUUUCUGACUGCGCGUGAGCUACGUUGACGAAGCCUCUUCGCCUCAGGUAAAGGUCAGUUUUAUACUUGGGGUGGAACCUGGUGGAUCCAUUCAGAUUCUAGGAGCUGCCCAGGGCCCUCCUUUGGCCCUGCUUUUUGGACUUAAUAUUACUGUGAAAUGGCUCAUCCAAAACCACUGCUGAUCCCUUGGCUGCGGUCCCAGAUCGACAGUGGCAGGUAUCCAGGUGUCCAAUGGACAAACCCAGAGCAAACACAGUUCUCCGUCCCAUGGAAACACGCCCUGAGACAGGACUCCUCUGACACUGAUGUUCUCAUAUUUAAGGCCUGGGCUGAAGUGAGUGGCAAUGGCCGUGCUCAAGGAGACCCAUCAGUCUGGAAGAGGAACUUCCGGAGUGCUCUUCGAGUUAAAGGCUUCAAACUGUUAUCAGAUAACAAAAAUGACCCUGCUAACCCCCAUAAAGUAUUUCGCUGGCCAGAGGAAUCGGCAACAGGAGCUAACACUUCUGCUGGAUCCCAGGAUCAAGAUGACAUGAGUUUAUUUGUAGGCUUUGACAUACCAAAUAAUCAGAUUGUGCAAUACUUAGACGAUGUCUGCCUUCCGGAGAAUAUUGUGAAUCCAGCAGAUUGCUCAGUCAGCCAGGAUAUUCUCCAGGAGUGUCUAAAAAGAAUAAACAUUGGCCCUGAAGAAGAGGGCACCACAGGCUUUGAGCCUCCUCCUGAGCAACAGCAGCUGCAGAAUCACGUUGUGAUUGGUGGACAGUCGUUGCCUGGGCAACAGCAGGAUCCAGUAAUGUUUGAGGGUGCAGCCAGUGAAACUGGGUUGCCUGAGCAACCAGCAUGUCCAGAGAGGGGGGCUAUGGGAGUGGCCUAUGAUGAUGGGCAGUUUGCAGCACAGUUCCUACAUACAAUGCACAAGACCGGAGAUGGAGAUAAUUUCAAGACUCAAUUUAGGAUAUUAGUGUACUACAGAGGAAUGAAGGUGUCUGAGCAGCUGGUUGAGAAUGAAGCUGGAGUCUGCCUAGUUUACAGGCCUGAACUUAUCGGUACGGUUGUGGAUGAGGAAACAGGCCUCUCCUUGGUCUCCCUACCAACGCCCGCAGCCAUGCUGGAUCAGACUCAAGCUAAGCUGACUCAAAGGAUUCUGGACACUCUGGGCGACGGCCUGGAUGUGGGGGUGUCAGGCCACGUGAUCUAUGGCCAGCGACGGGGUGAAAUCAAAGCUUUCUGGAGCUUUUCCAAAUUUGACAGCAGCAAACAGCCUAAAGAGAUUUCUAAACUUCAGCCUGAUCGACUUUACCUGUUCAGAGACUUUGUGCACGGGAUAGUGAACUUUAGUAAUGGGGGGGACUGUCCUCCAUGCUCGCUGUUCUUCUGUCUCGGGGAGAAGUGGCCUGACCCAGGCGGCCGGCCUUGGGAGAAGAAACUCAUCACAGUUGAGGUGGUCCUGACUUCAAUGGAGCUACUGAAGAAUAUAGCUGUCGAAGGCGGUGCCUCGUCUCUACAAUCUGUAGAGCUGCAGAUGUCGUUGGAAGAGAUGAUGGAGCUGUACUAAAGCACUUCUCUUUGCCCAAAGGAAGUCACGGUUUACUCUGUUUUUGCGUCCCUUAACAACACAAGCACAACAUCUCUAACAGUUGUUUUAUGAAUAUUUUUUUUCAUCAUUCUUAGAUAAAUUCUGUUAGACAACAAGCUGCUGCAACACACUGAACACAGCAGGUCCUUUACUUAGUCUUCCCUCUGGAUCUACAAAUAAUGUGUUGGUGCUUGAAAGACCACCCAUAAGCUGUCUAUCAUCCAGCUGAUAAUCUUUUUUUACAACAUUAAUCAUCCAAAUGUAUAAUAAUUUUAGUUAAAUGUGUGGAACCACUUUACAUAUUGAAUAAGGAUUACAUGGGAGCAACACCAAUCGGGAGUGAAUUAAAGUGAAAUGAAUGUGUUGUAGCAGAAAUAACAUGAAUGACUGGAACUGGAAAAAUGUUUAAGUUGAUCUAACAGAGCAGAAAUGAUCAGAGCAUCUGGAAUCAGUCAGUAUGUACUGCAUCUUAUCAAUGGCACACAUACUGAAAUACAAACUGCAGAUGCGGCUUAUUCCAAAUUUAUUCUGUAUCAGUGCUUUAGAGGACUGAAUGAUACACAGCAAACAAGAUUUUCUGACUUUAUUGAAACAUUCGUGAAUAGUAUAAUCAUAAUAAAAUCGAUUUCUUCUCAAGAACUACAACAUAUACAGAAUUUCUUUCUUUAAUCGAUGUGAAAGCUGUUCUACGUGAUAUAUUAUAAGUCUCAAUCCAAAUAGGAGGAAAUAGAAAAAUUAGCCUUUCAUAUAAUUUCUUGUGUUUAGUUGCUGUCACAGUGGCUGGCUGGUCUGGAUGAGGACAGUCGCCUUCAUUUUGUUUUCUGGGUCAUCCACACAGUUACAAUGAGAAUUUAUGCACUGACAAGCUUAAAAUGGGAUGUUUACGAAACAAAAUCAAUAAAGCAAAUCAAUGAAUUUGA